AUGGAAGAAAUGAAUUUGAAUCACAAGGAGAUUAACAACCUUCUACUGGUACUACUCAAGGAAGCUUUAGCGGAAGGAAACUUUGUCUGUGUACGAUUGUUGUUGGAUGCAAAGGGUUUUUCCUCCGUCCAUGCCGACAAUCUAUUGUAUUUAGCAUGCUACCAGGGCCAUUUGGAAGUGGCCAAAGUGCUUGUCGAAUCAGGUUACCAUGACAAUCACGUUCAAGUACGACCUGUUGCAAAUCGAGUGACACCAUUACAUUUUGCAUGCAUUGGGGGUUCUCUGGAGGUAGCCAAGUGGCUUGUCGAAAACGGUGCCGACGUUGCUUCAAAAGAUGAUGCUGAAUUGACACCAUUGCACUUGGCAUUUUUGCAGGGCCACUUAGAUAUUCUCACGUGGCUUGUUGACGAGCGAGGCGCUGACAUCAAUGCCAAAAGCAUAAGUGGAAAAACACCGAUGCAUUGGGCAUGCGAGGGGGGCUAUGUGGCGGUAGCCAAGCGGCUCUUCGAGAAGGGUGCUGAUAUCGAUGCUAGAGACGAUAGGGGAUGGACAGCAUUGCAUUGGGCGAGUUUUCGUGGACAGUGGGAGGUAGUCAAGUGGCUUGUCGAGGAAGGUUCCGGAAUCGAUGCCAAAGACAAAGAUGGAAACACGGCAUUGCAUCUGGGAUGUGAGAAGGGUCAUUUGGGGGUAGUCAAGAGGCUUGUCGAGGACGGUGCUGAUGUUCGUAGCAAAAAUAAUUUUGGACUUACACCAUUGAGAACAGCAUGCAAUGCCGGGCAUAUGCAGGUAGUCAAUUCGCUUGUGGACAAUGGUGCAGACGUCGGAGCGAAGAAUCUGAAAAAGAUUGCAACUUUUCUCCUGCGUGUAAUACUUUAG